CUCACCCUGUGUUUCGCGAAUGUCAGAUGUGCGUCUGUUUGGGGACAGCGAGACACAGCAGGAUAAGCGCACGUUGAUCCGAGAAAGAAAAACGUAUUUUUAAUAGAUGGCUACAAUGUUACUUCUUAUUAACUAACAUUGUCUACUUAUUUCCAUUUCUGGAGUAGUUUGAAAUCACGAGUUUGCCGGUAAAGAUCUCCAGCCUGCAGUAAGACAUGUCGUUGGCAGAGCCAGCAGAGUUGCUGCUGAUAAGGGACCAGUAUGACCGUGCGUUGGAGUGUCUCACCAGGGGCCUGGCGGCUGAUCAGGCAGGACAGGGUCCCCAGGCCCUGGAGCUGUACAGGAGGGGCCGGCAGCACCUAACCCUGGGCCUGGAGGUCCCUACCAGGGGGCCACAGAACCAGGGAGCCCCCUGGGACACGGCCAGGCAAUUGCAGCAGAAGAUGAGGGAGACUCUGACUAACAUCAGCACCCGACUAGCUAACAUGGAGACAGCAGGGGUGGGGACGGCGGGCCAGGGAGGCCCAGCAUUGGUGGAUCUAGUGGAUCUCUCUGCCCAGUGCCUCUACCCCACCCCGGGGCCAUUGGUGUCACCUAUGCCGCUGCCUGGUUCCUCCAACCCCCUCCCCCAUCUCUACCCCACGCUGCCACCCGGGGCUACCCCAACAGACAGCCUCUCUGCCGGGGCUACAGGCACCACCAUGGCCCCCUCCCUGCCCAUCCUCCCUGCCCUGCCCCUGGGACUCCCAGGAGAGCAGCCCCCGGCCUACACCCCCCAGCCCACCGACGGGCACCACAGCCUGGCUUAUAGCCCAGCCGGAGGAGGGGGUCUGGUGGGGCAGAGGGUGGGGGGAUCUCCACAGCCCGAAGGAGGGGUAGGGGGGGACGGAGAGGAGCUUCUGUUCCUUCCUCGGGGGGUGCAGAUGUUUUUCGUGUCGUCGGAUGGCCAGGUGAGCGCCCCGUCGUACCCGGGUUAUCUACGCAUCGUCAGGUUCAGCAGCCAGCUCAACGACAAGGCCAACGGAGGAGUGUCAGUCUUCCUACACGUGUGUGACUGGCUGUACCCCCUGACUCCAGACACCCCAGUGCUGCUGUCUACCUCUGGGAUCUUUAUGUUUCCUAACACCAUGGCGGGGAUACCUGGGUCCUACGUAGGGGUCGUGCUGUCCUCAGAACUGCCUGCAGCAGACAGACAUGCCUUUCAAGACCUCCUCUCACAACUCACUGAGCUACGGGUACAGGCUCCAGAGGAGGGGGCAGGGUCAGAGAUCAUGAACCUGAGUGAAAAGGUUCCCAUUGGUCCCCCUGUGGAGGGGGCGGGAGCAGGGACAGGAGAGGAAGAACUCCCCCUACCUGAAUGGAGCGAGAAGAUGUCCCAGGGCAUCCUGGCAGGUGCAUCGUGGCUGAGUAAAGGGUUUGUGCGUGGAGCGGAGGCCACAGGUAAGGCCAUCCAGAAAGGAGCGUCUAAGCUGAGAGAACACAUCACCCCAGAGAACGUCCCGGGUGAGGUCAGCCCUGGUGUUACCAAGGGCCUGCACCACGCAAAACAGGCCACCGGGGGCGCUGUUCGCGUCAGUCAGUUCCUGGUGGACGGAGUGUGUACCGUAGUAGGCUGUGUGGGGGAGAAGCUGGCUCCUCAUGUAAAGAAACAUGGCAGUAAACUGAUCCCUGAGUCCAUGAAGAACACUAAAGAUGGCCGCUCCAACCUGGACGGAGCUAUGGUGGUGGCAGUCAGCAGCAUGAAGGGUCUCUCCGCUAUGUGGACUGGUUUGGAAACUGGAGCUAAGAACAUCGGCAAGAGUGUCUCCUCUGAGACGGUCAUGACCGUGAAGCAUAAGUAUGGCGAUGACGUGAGCAAAGCCAUGGACACGGGCAUCCAAUCAGUGAUCAACGUGGGCGUGGCCGCAUUCAACGUGGACAACUUGGGUAUCAAGGGCGUCCUGAAGACUGCCGGCAAACAGACGGCUAAAGCUGUGGUCAAAGAGCGAAACAAUACCACGCAGGUCACAGUGGGAGACCACAACCACACUGUCAACGGAGGACCAGCGGAGAAAGAGAUGUGGGAGAGGAAGAAGGAUGAGGAAGAGAAGAAAUAGAUGUCAUACUCAUUUAUGUGGCUCUUGUCUAUUUGGCCCCUAUAUAUUUUAGCCCCUAUAUCUUUAAUCCCCUCUCUGUGUUCAUAGGCCCCUAAAUCUUUUGGCCCCUCAGUGUGUUCAUAGGCCCCUAUAUAUUUUAUCCCCUCUCUGUGUUCAUAGGCCGCUAUAUCUUUUGGCCCUCAGUGUGUUCAUAGGCCCCUAUAUCUUUUGGCCCCUCAGUGUGUUCAUAGGCCCCUAUAUCUUUUGGGCCCUCAGUGUGUUCAUAGGCCCCUAUAUCUUUUUGCCCCUCUGUGUUAAUAGGCAGUUAUAUAUUUUAUCCCCUCUCUGUGUUCAUAGGCCGCUAUAUCUUUAGACCCCUCUGUGUUCAUAGAUCUGAAUGGGGUAGAUACUGUACAUGUAAGAAUCAUGGUGAUAGCUCCUCACUACCUCCAGUUUGCAAAAAAGAGCUUGCAUCAUAUUGUUUUUAAAUCUAUCCAGACCUUUCGCUCUAGGUUGAAGUUGCCCCUAAAAGCUGAUCUUGGGUGCAGUUUUGUAUCCCCCCCCCCUCUAAUGGUUAGGAUUAGGGUUAAGGUUAGGAUUAAGGUUAGGAUUAGGGUUAAAAUUAGGAUUAGGAUUAGGGUUAUGGUUAGGAUUGAGGGAUGGGGAAGCUGGUCCUAGAUCUGUACAUAGGGAAUACUUCAGUCUUUUCAGACAUGGAACCUGUCCAAUGUGUUCCAUCUCACCUUACUGUAUGUAGCCUACUUAACUGUUCAUUCCUCUGAAUGUUGGAGCCAUAUUAAAUGAAGGAUAUGUUUCAUAGAAUGUGUAAUAUAUAAAUAUUAGUAUCUGUGCCAAAAUAUACCAAUAUACCUCUGUCGCUGUUGCUGUUUCUCUGUGCGGUUUGUAAUUAAACUGUCUAUUUUAAUAUUCAGUCGUUUGUUAUGAAACGAUUUUCUGUAAUAUAUUUUUUGUUGUUGCUUCAUGUCCUUGA